AUGAUCGCGGAUAUCGAGGGUGUCGAAUCGUUCCUGGAUGAUCUGAUGGUCUACAGCAAAACGGAGAAGGAGCAUCAUGAAAUUCUCACUACUCUCUUUCAACGACUGCAAGAAUAUGGAUUCAUUCUCCGUGAAGAGAAGUGCAAUCUUCUGCAACAGCAAAUUAAAUACCUUGCACAUAUUGUUGAUGCAUCUGGUCUUCGUCCGGAUCCAGCUAAAAUCGAAUCCAUCAUCAAGAUGCCCCCUCCUAACGAUAUAACCAGCUUAAGAUCCUUUCUUGGUGCAGUAAAUUUUUACGCUAAGUUUGUCAAGGAAAUGCAUCAACUUCGGAGGCCACUUGAUGCACUUCUCAAGAAGAAUACCACGAUCUUCAAUCAGAUCUACUACUUACUCAUUACGAUCCGUCCCUGGAUAUCAUUGUUGCAGCAGAUGCAUCUCAAUCAGGAAUCGGAGCUUAUAUUAUGCACAAAUUUCCUGAUAGCUCUGUCAAAGUUAUUGUUCAUGCCUCCCGAUCUCUCACUGAAGCUGGAAAACUAUAUGGACUGGUAG